AUGGCUCUCAAACCAGCUUCAGCACCUCCUGUUGAAGCUCAGCCGACUUCUUCCGGUUGCCCACACACAUUGUCUGCCAAGCAGCAACAGCUCAAAGUUGACAAGAGACAGAAGCAAGCAGUGUCGAAGGACAAAGCUUAUGUCCAGGCCCUACAUGGUCAUCAAGCCCAGGAAGCGAUCAUGGGCUAUCAAUCUAUACCUGUCCAAAGUCCUGUUGAGGCCGAUGUCGAGUCUGAGGAUGAAGACGACCAUCCUGUUGUUCACCGUCAAGGAUCAUCAAGACCACCGUACGUGAUGGUCAAACUUAGUGUUUGGAAGUCCGGUCUUGUGACUGGAAAAAGACUGUAA